AGCCCAGGAGUUGGAGGCUGCAAUGAGACACCUUGUGCCACUGCACUCCAGCCUGGGUGACAGAGCAAGACCCCUUCCCAUAAAAAGAAAGAAAGAAAGAAAACUCGCAUGGCGGGUCAGUGGGUCAGAGGCAGUGAGGUCAUCAGGUGGGGCAGCUUCAGGACCAGGUGGGAGGGGCCCAUUGUGACCUCCCUGGCUGCACCCAGGCCUUUGUGACUGUUGCCUGGGGCAGCCCCCUCAGUAAGAGGGUGGCAGGUUGGGCCAGGCCAGAGCCUGGACCUGGGAUCAGGAAGGGGUUGCAGGGAGGGAUGGAGGGGCUGAAAACCCUGGGCCCCUGCGGCCACCCCCACCCCCAGUGUCCCCCAGCCCCAGCCUCCAGCAGCCAUGGAGGAGGCCUGGACCAGCCCUGCCAGGGAUUUGUAGGGUGGCCCUGCCUGGGCCCCAUCUCCUCUGCUCACUCAGUGCAGUCCCAGAGACCUUUCCCAGUCCCAGGGGCAGGGGGCAGUGGGCCCACGGUGGAGGGCGAGGCUCCCGGGCUCUUUCUGUCCAGCCAGGAGCAGAGAGCAAGAGACACUGAAGGGCCGAGACAAGGAGACCUGGAGGCAGGGCUUGGAUGGGGCUGGCCCCUGCACCCAGGGUCGAACCAGGGGGCUCCCAGGCAGGGGGGAUCCAUUGGCUCAGGGCCCAGACCCUGCCCAUGCCCACCCGUGUCGCGGGAGGGAGGGGCCCUGGCCCCGCCCAGGGCAGCCCUGUCCCAGCUUCAGUGCGGGCUGCUGGGCUCUGCACAACAGUCCUUCCUGCAGCUGGAGCAGGAGAACCACAGCCUGAAAAGGCAGAACCAGGACCUUCGGGAGCAGCUGGGGGCCCUCCUGGGGCCGGGGCAGCAGUUCCUGCCCCUGUGUCCCGAACACUCAAGCUGCACUGCUCUGGCCUGGCCCCCCGACCCGGCUGUCACGCAGCCCUUGGGGAACAGGGCACCUCUGCAGCUGCUGCGGCGGGAGCUGUGCCAGGGGCAAGAGGCUUUUGUGCAGCAGUCCCAGAACGAGCUGCAGCAGAUCCGCCUGUGCUUUGAGAGGAAGAAGAUGGUCAUCACAGAGGUGUGGGACAGUGUGGCUGAGAUGCACAUGGCCCUGAACAACCAGGCCACCGGGCUCCUGAACCUCAAGAAGGACAUCCGGGGCGUGCUGGACCAGAUGGAGGACAUCCAGCUGGAGAUUCUCAGGGAGCGGGCCCAGUGCCGCACUCGAGCCAGGAAGGAGAAGCAGAUGGCAAGCAUGUCGAAAGGGAGGCCAAAGCUGGGAAGCUCCAAGGGCCUGGCAGGCCAGCUCUGGCUGCUGACCCUGAGGCUGCUGCUGGGCGCCCUGCUGGUCUGGACCGCUGCCUACGUGUACGUGGUGAACCCCACACCUUUCGAGGGGCUGGUGCCGCCCCUGCUGAGCCGUGCCACCAUCUGGAAGCUCCGGGCCCUGCUGGACCCCUUCCUGCGCCUCGAAGUGGAUGGCUUCCUGCCCUUCUAGGCCAGAGGCCCAGCGGCCCCAGCAAGGAGGCCAGGCGACCAGCACUGCCCCGGAUGCCCAGUGGCCGUGCCAGCCCCCUGCACAUUGGCACCACUGUGCACCAUCCCUACCAGAAGCUACAGAGAAGGGUGGAGGUGGGGUCUGUCCUGAGGGCUGGGCCUGUGGCUGGACAUAGAGUCAUGACAUAAGUGGCCGGUGAGCAUGUCUCUGUGGAAAUUGGGGGAGGGAUGCCCAGGCGAUCCUGCAGCGAGGGUCCCUCAGGGUGGAGACCCCAGCUCAGGGCCGGCUUCCCACCCCACACCCUACCUGCCCUCCAGAAGGCAGCCCCUCUGCACGGGGCUCUGACCCCCCAAGGCGUCUUAGGAGGGUCUCCACUGAAAGGCAACAGCAGUAAGGACUGGGGGGUCCUCAGGUCUUGCCCCCUGGGCCAGGCCCUCCCAGGGACCUCAGAGGUCAGGUUUUCAGCGCUCAACCUGCUGAUCCACUGACCUCAUGCCCCUCAUGCAACUCCCCUCCCUUCCUGGCCACCACCCUCCCUGCCCAGGUCCUGUCACCUCCCCAACCCAGGGCCCUGUCCGGUCCAGGGGACCACAUUGGUAGACAGAGCUGAUCAACACCAAAAAUUUUAUUUGGGGAAUUAAUUAGCAGGGGUACCCUUAAGAACAAUAGAGAAUGGUUUUGUGGCUUUCUCAUCCCCAAAUGGGAGAUGUAGAGCCACAGCCCAGGGUGGACCCAGGGACAGGGACCCUGUGACGGAGAAGGGCUGGCCGGAGUGCCACCCUGCCGCAGGCCGUACCACUGCUGGAGGACACAGGGCUUGGGCCUCAGGCCCUCUGAGAUCCCGCCGGCAUCGUCUCUGGGUGCAGGCAGCCCCAGUGGGGCCCAGGCGGAGCUGGCCACGACCACAGGACCUUGGUGGCAGGCAGGGGCCAAUGGCUCACCAGGCUGGUGGCUCCAGGAAGUUAAGGCAUCUGUUCAUGUGUCAGGGGAAGGGCAGGAGGAGUGCAGAGACCUUCAGGGGCAACCUGAGACUCCCCCCACCCAGCCCAACCCACGGAGGCCUGGGCUCCCCGAGGAGGAAGUGGCUUAGUCUAAAGUGCUUGGUUGGGUAGGGAGGCUGGGCAAAGGUCGUGCCGGUCCCCACAGCUCUGGGACUGACUCCCUGUGGGGUGCUGGACCCCCUGCAGCAGGUGGGGGACUCCCUGAGGUCAUGUGGACACAGGGUCUCAGGCCCUGGCAGGCUGGGAGUCUGUCAAGCUGUGGCUGGUGGAGCAGAGAGCCCAGCCCACCCCCAGCCCUGCCCCAGGGUCCACUGCAGUCUGACCUCCUGGGUCCCCAGCUGGGCUGUCCUGGGCCCCAGAGCCGCCUACUUGUCAUCCUGCUAGGGCCCCGAGAGGCUGGGGAAAAGACUGGAGGCAGCCAAGUGCAGGCGGCACAUGGCCCCGCGUGGGGGUGCCCCGGCGGCCUGGCUCCAGGGGGCCCGCAGUGGUGGGCGGUCCUCCGGGCGGCCAAGGUGGCACAGGUGCAGCCCAGGAGGCACCCAAGGCUGGCCACGCCGCCCCCAUCCACGGGUGCAGGUGCCAAUCCGCCCCCUGCGGGCCGCGGCGUCCGUGAGAGAGAAGCAGAAAGGUGGAGGUCAGCUUCGGGGCCCUACAGCCUGCACACCUCCCACGCUGGGACAGCCCCAGCCCAGGAUGUCUCAGCCCUGAACAGCUGUGCAUCCCUCACACUCCCUCAGCCCUGCCCCUGGCAAUGUGGCAGGCAGGAGAGUUCCAGCAGGUUCAGCGGCCCCCACAGGGCCCUGAGCCAGCAGGUGGCCCCUAUGCACCCCCAUUUCAUCUCCCCAAGCUCUCGGGUUCCUGGGAUCCCCUGUGGGUAGCGGCAGACCCAAAUCUUUCCCCCAAACACCCUGUCACUGCCAGAACUGAUGCAGACCCAAGGCGAGAGACCCUCACACUUCCCAGCCACAGACCAUCGGCCGCCCCCUCCUCCCAAGCCUCUGACUCAGCCCAAGUCGGCAGAAAUGCCCCUGAGGAACCCACCGACCCCUGCACACCAGACAGCAGCCACCCCCUCUUCUGAGGCCUGGCCCCUGCCCUCCCCUAACUCGGGAUCCUGCAGCAAUAGCGCUGGCCUUGCCCAAGGAAAGAAUCAAAAUAACUCUUUUUCUUUUUUUUAAUAAAAUUAUAGAUAUAUAGAUGUAGAUAUAAAAACAUAAAACAGACACAACGCAA